GGCUGGGGGCGCAGCAUGCGCGCGGGCCCCCGCGGCCACCAUGUACGUGGGCUAUGUGCUGGACAAGGACUCCCCGGCCUACCCCGGGCCCGCCAGGCCCGCGGGCCUCGGCCUGGGCCCGCAGGCCUACGGCCCCCCGCCUGCGCCCCCGGGACCCCCGCAGUACCCCGACUUCGCCGGCUACUCCCACGCGGAGCCGGCCCCCGCACCCUCCGCGGCCUGGAGCGCGCCCUUCUCGGCGCCCAAGGACGACUGGGCCGCCGCCUACGGCCCAGGCCCCGCGGCCCCCGCCGCCAGCCCGGCCCCGCUGGCAUUCGGGCCCCCUCCGGACUUCAGCCCGGUGCCCGCGCCCCCUGGGCCCGGCCCCAGCCUCCUGGCGCAGCCCCUCGGCGGCCCGGGCGCCCCGUCCUCGCCCGGAGCGCAAAGGCGGACGCCCUACGAGUGGAUGCGGCGCAGCGUGGCGGCCGGAGGCGGCGGUGGCAGCGGUAAGACCCGGACCAAGGACAAGUACCGCGUGGUCUACACUGACCACCAGCGCCUGGAGCUGGAAAAGGAGUUCCACUAUAGCCGUUAUAUCACCAUCCGGCGGAAGUCAGAGCUUGCUGCCAAUCUGGGGCUCACUGAACGGCAGGUGAAGAUCUGGUUCCAAAAUCGGCGGGCAAAGGAGCGCAAAGUGAACAAGAAGAAGCAGCAGCAGCAGCACCCGCCGCCCCCCCCUCCAGCCCAUGAAGUCACCGCCGCCACAGCUGGGCCACCCCUGGGGGGCCUGUGCCCCAGCUCUGCUAGCCUCCUGGGGGCCUCCUCCCCAAUGCCGGUCAAGGAGGAGUAUCUGCCAUAGCCUCCUGCCCAGCCUCGUGGGCUGGGGGGCCUGGGGACUCAGAUGCUGGCCAUGUGGAUCCUGUUAAGGCCUAGGAGGCCUGGUCUGAGUCCCAGCCCUGCCACUGACUUUCGGAAUGACCUUGGACCAGCUGCCCUACCCAGUCCCUGCAUCCCUGUGGCCCAUCUGUGUCUUGAGCCUGCGGGAUAAGGACCUCUCCAGCUCCUAGGGGAUAAGGAAGCCCAGGGUGGGAGGUCUCAGUCCCUAGAGGGCUAGGUGAGGGGCCCUAAGUCCCCAUGCCCCACCGCGUUCUCCAUGGGUUCAAGGGUGGGAGGCUGCUGGAGGGCCUGGACUGAUUCAGGAGAAAGGAGCCAGAGCUGAGAGAAGACGGAAUGCUUGCAGUCCAUGACCCGAGGGGAAGGGACAUGGUCAGCUCCCACCUGCCUCUUCCUGGGCCUCACCUCCAGCUGCCCACCCCCCGCCCGCCCGCCCCAUCACAAAUUGGCCUGACCCCUCUCCAGGCUGGAUGCAAAGCACAAAGCCCACAAGACUGGGCCAGAGCAAGCAGCUCUGGUGACCAUCCGCUCUGGCUUGCGGAGCCAUAUCCCCCCGCUGGCAUUCUCAGUGGGGCUUCCAGAUGCGGAGAGGCAGAGGGGGCCAGAGGGCGGGGGCCGCCUGCCUAGUUUCUGCUGCCCCACAAGGCUGUCACUUAGGGCCCAGGCCUCAGGGAGUCCCCGGGGGACUUUCUCUGGACCAAGCAGAGCUCACAGCUGGGCACAUGUUGUAUGUACAUAGAGUGGAAUCUCUUGGAUCAGCUUCAAGAAUAAAUUUUUUUUCUCUUGAAAAAA